UCUAAUUUAUAAUAUUAAAAAUAUGCAAAAAAUUUAUUUAUGAAAUAAAGCACCGUGUUAUUAUAGUAAUAACAUAUCGAAAGUGUUUACUACACAAAAAUGCCGACUAUUAAUAUCAAGCGUGAAUUAUUGUUUGAAACCUUAGGCAAAGUAUAUUCGGAUGACGAGUUCCAAGACUUAUGCUUCAAAUUCGGUUUGGAACUGGACGAAGUGACAACAGAGAAACAAAUGAUAACAAAGGAACAAGGUUUAGAUCAUAGCGCAGAAGCAUCGGAGGAAGUUAUAUAUAAAAUUGAUAUACCAGCAAACAGAUAUGACUUAUUAUGCUUAGAAGGUUUAACUCUUGGACUUCUCAUAUUCUUAAAGCAAUUGGAUAUACCACGAUAUAUGGUAAUAUUACCAAAUACAGGUGCACAAAAGAUUAUUAUGACGAAGCAGUGCUUAAAAGUCAGGGGGCAUAUUGUUGCAGCUGUAUUACGUGAUGUUACAUUGACAAAGGAUUCUUACAAUAGUUUCAUCGAUCUCCAGGAAAAAUUACAUCAGAAUAUAUGUAGAAAACGAACUUUAGUAUCGAUUGGAACUCAUGAUUUAGAUACUGUAGAAGGUCCAUUCUCAUAUGAUGCAAAAUCACCAACCAACAUUUAUUUCAAACCACUUAAUCAAGAUAAGGAAUACACAGGAGAAGAAAUUAUAAAUUUAUACACUAAUCAUACACAAUUAAAGCAGUACCUCCAUAUUAUAAAAGAUAGUUCAGUCUAUCCUAUAGUACAGGACAGAAAUGGAAUCAUUUUAUCUCUUCCACCUAUUAUCAAUGGUGAUCAUUCAAAAAUCACACUCAAUACAAAAAAUAUAUUAAUCGAAUGUACUGCAACAGAUUUAACAAAGGCAAAGGUAGUACUGGAUACAGUUGUUUGUGCUUUUAGUCAGUAUUGUAAAACAAAAUAUACAAUAGAAAUGGUGGAAAUCGUGUAUCCUAAUAAACAAGUAUUCCAUUAUCCCGACUUGAAAUAUCGAAUUGAAGAAAUUAAUUGUAAAAAAGCAACAAAAUAUAUCGGUGUACAACAAACUGCGGAAGAAUUAGCUAAUUUGCUUUCUAGAAUGUCAUUAAAAGCGUCCAUUAUAAAAGGUAAUCAAUUGCACGUUGAAGUUCCUCCCACAAGGCACGAUGUGAUACAUGCAUGUGACAUUUAUGAAGAUAUUGCCAUAGCAUAUGGAUAUAAUAAUGUUCAGAAAACUAUACCGUACUUAUCUACCAUCGCGGAAGAGUUUCCGCUUAAUAAAUUGUCCGAUCAAUUACGCACAGAAUUGGCUUGUACUGGAUUCACAGAAGCAUUCACUUUUUCAUUGUGUUCGCGCGAAGAUAUAGCGGAUAAAUUGGGCUACGAUCUGACAAGUAUACCGGCGGUUCAUAUAUCAAAUCCUAAAACGUUAGAAUUUCAGGUUGCACGUACCACACUUCUACCCGGAUUGCUAAAAACACUAGUUGCGAACAAAAAGAUGCCCCUUCCAUACAAGUUAUUCGAAGUUUCCGACGUUAUAUUAAAAGAUAGCAACGUAGAAGUUGGUGCACGUAAUAAUCGACACAUAUGCGCUGUAUAUUGUAAUAAAUCAGAUGGUUUUGAAAUAAUUCAUGGCUUACUAGAUAGAAUGUUACAAGUUUUGGAAGUGCCAUGGAAUGCUAACAAAAACGAACAUGGAUAUUAUCUUCGUGCUGUCGACGAUCCCACUUUCUUUCCCCAUCGUUGCGCGGAAAUAUUAUGUUACGGCAAAGUGAUCGGAAAGAUGGGAGUUCUACAUCCAGAUGUAAUUUCAAGAUUUGAUCUAAAUAUACCGUGUUCUGCAUUAGAAAUCGAUAUUGAAUCGUUCUUAUAG